AUGUCGUAUGAUUUAACGACUUUGAGGUCGGAAAAUGCUCAGUGGACACUGGUGCAGCCAGAAGGCGGGAUCUCGCCUCCUCCUCGUACAAAUCACACCGUCGUUAGUUAUCAGGAUAAACUGUAUUUGUUCGGUGGUACGGACGGAAAGCUUUGGUAUAGCGAUACUUGGUGCUAUGAUCCAAGUAUCAAUACUUGGACAUCGCUGGAUUGCUCGGGAUUCAUUCCUGCUCCUUGUGAAGGCCAUGCUGCCACGAUUGUCGGCGAUAUUAUGUAUGUUUUCGGUGGCCGGUCGUCUCAGGGUAAAGAUUUAGGCACUUUAUCUGCUCUUAAACUUACUACUAAGAAAUGGUUUACAUUCCAGAACCUUGGUCCUGGCCCUUCGCCGAGAUCUGGUCAUUCGAUGACGGCUUUUGCUGGAAAUAAAAUUCUUGUUAUGGGAGGUGAAUGUCCUGAACUUCACGAAAAUGAUAAUGAUGUUAAUUACGACAAUUACGAGGUUAAUUCGAAGUUGAGUAUGGUUUUUGUACUUGAUACAUUGCGAAUCAAUUAUCCUGUUGAUUCUGAUGUGCCCCAGAACUCAGCUGUUUCAGAUCUGUCUGGUAAAAGGAGUGUUAAUGAUAGUAGAACUCCUAGUGCUGCUUCUGGUAAUUACCGUACAGCGACUGGCGACAGUUCUACUCCUCCAUCAACUUUUUCUACUGCCAGUACUAGUAGUGUUCCUCCUCCUCACGGAGUACCAGUUAAUUCUGGAACUGGUAUUGCUGGAGCAGGUGCUGGUGCUGUGGCAGCAGCUGCUGCUAUGGGUGCUGGUGUGACUGGAUUCCCCCAUCCAGAGUCGUCGCAACAUGAGGCCAAUACAGAGUCUUCUCCACGUGGAGUGGCCCGUGAUGAGUACACUAGAGAAGCUGUUUCUCCGUACCAGGAGUAUCCUAGUGGAGCCAAGUCGAAUGGUAGUGGCAGUGGUAAUAGAAAUGCCAAUGGAAAUGGCAAUGGUGGAUAUGGCAGCUAUAAUGCUGGUAAUAAUGGAGUCGCCAGCCAGGACGUUCAAAGGAGCCCGUAUGAUGAUGGCAGUGAUGGCGUUUCUAAUACGACAUUUGAAUCUGCGGACGAGGAAAAGUUCAAGACUAGUCCUUCGCACGACCAAGUAGCCAACAUUCCCGGUGCUUGGCAACAGGCUUCUUCUCCUUCUUCGACAUCGAGUCGUGAUAGUGAGAGCUACCGUGAACCAAUCAAGUUACCUAAAUUACGUACUUCGCCAAGAGUAGAUACAAGUGCUAAAGGACUGGCUGGAAUUGCUGGUUUGGCAGGUAUUGCGGCUGGUACAGCUGGAGCUGGUGCUACUGCUGGUCUCGGAUCUGGGUCUGGAGCUGAUGCCGAUUUUUCACAAAGUACGAGAGAUUACACCGAAGAAAAUGCUACCACGCCUACUGUGUCUAAUAUGUCGCAAGAUCGGUCUGUUGACUCGUUUACUGACCAACAUCCAGUAGAUCAAUCGACUCCUAGAGGCAGUCAAGUUAAUCUUGCUGAGCCUGCCAACGCAAAUAAUGUUAAUCAAGUGAUUGAGCAGCUCAAAGCAUCUAAUUCAUGGUAUGAAACAGAACUUGCUGCUGCCAAAGAAGCUGGAUAUGUUUCGAAAUCUAAUCCUCCUGUCGAUGUUCUCAAACUUCGUCGUGUGUCUCAAAGACUCACUCAAGAUAACCAAGAAUCACUUUCUGAACGAGAGAUUCUCAUUACUGCACUUAGCGACUUGAAAGGUGAGCUUCGUACUGUUCAAGGAGAUAUUCAAAGACAGGCUGCUGCUGCGUCCGAUCGUAUCUCAGCUGUUGAAAAGGAACGCGAUGCUGCUUUAGCUGAACUCAAAUCAUUGAAAGAGUCGUCCCAACCUGUUGGUGUGCCUGAACAACAUCAAAGAGAAAUCGAUGAUCAUAAAGCGACUAUCGCCUCGUUGCAGAAUGAACUAGAAACCACCAGGGCUAGUCGUGGUCUUUUGCUAGGAAAUGCAGAUUCGUUAUCAGCUCUUGAUGACUUGAAAAUGAGUAAUGCUCAACUUGAACAACAACUUCGUAACCAGGCUGACCGACUGGUUAUUGCUGAACAUGAAGCUGCUCAAUUUAAAUCAAAACAUGAAGACUUACAAGCUCAGCACAAGGAAUUGACUUCCAGUGCUGCAGAAAAGGUUGCUGCACUGGCUGCUGCUGGUGCUGCUAUCACUGCUUCUCAAAGCAAGUUCAAAGAGCUUUCCAAGCAGCUUGACGAGCACAAGAGCGCAAGAAGUGAUCUGGAGGCUAAGAACCUUGACUUGGAAAGACAGCUAUCUGAUCAUAAACUCCAACUUGAAGCUUCUCAACGGGAAUUAAAUGACCAUCGAAACCUGCUCCAGGCCGCUGAGGAACAAAACGAGCAUUCUUCCAAGGCACUUGGUGAUGGUAUUGACAAGAUUGUGUCAAUGUGGUCUGGAUCUAAAUAUUUUGCUGUUGCUGGUGUAGGUGCUGGUCUCGGUGCUGCAGCUGGUGCUGCCGCUGCUAACGGCACUGCUAGCCGAGGACUCGACGAGGAUGACGAAGAAGAUCCCAGAAUUUCUCAUCUCCAGAGUCAACUUGAAAUGGCCAACAAGCUUCACGUGUCUCAUAAAGAAGCAGCUGAAAAAGCUACUGAUGAUUUGACUGUUGCAUUAACUCAAGUCAGCGGUCUCAAGAAGGAACUUGCUGAAUCGGAAGCUGCCAGGAAGCAAGCCGAAGACAAGUUAGCUUUAUUAGAGGAAGAACUCAAAUCUACUUCUGGCGACUUACAAAGCCACAGAGAAUUGUUGGACAACCACAAGAAAUCAUUGAGUGAGUUGACUGAAAAGCACGAUGCAUUGACUACCCAACUUUCCUCUCAAUCAGAAGCACACACCACGCAAGCCAAGGAACUUGAUGCCAAACUUGAAAAGGCUCUUAAAGAACAUCAAGAAACUGCUGAACAGCGUUACCAAGAACUUGAACAACAGUACAAGGAAACCCUACAAUAUGUUCGCAACAGCGAUAAAGCAUUGAAUAAAACUCGCGACGAACUCAACAAACACAAAGACCUCAACAGCAAGCUUCAAGAGGAAAUUAAUGAACUCAAACUUCGGUCUCAACAAGACGACGACGAAGCUGAUACUACCACUGGAGAAAGAAGCAUUAAUAGCAUUGGAUCGAAUUAUAAUAACAAGCAUUUUGAUUUGCAGUUGCGUGAUCUAAAAGCACAGAUCAUUAUUUUGCAAGAGGAACGAGACGAAUUAAGAGCUAGUUCUCUCGAAUUAAAAAAGAAGGCAAUCAACAAUGCUCAUGAUAUUGAAGAGGCCAAAACUGAAAAAUCCCGCUUAGCUCAAGAAAACGCCAAGCUACAACAAAGAGCUAGAGAAGCCGAAGAAAAGUUAUCAGUUUUGUUGCAUGAUAAGCGGAGUAGUCGCGACCCCAUCAUUGAUCCCGAGUCGGGUCAAACUUUAGAUUCAUUCUCUGAUAAUCUGGAAAAAAUCCGAACCGAGCGUGAACGUCUGAGUGGACUUCUGAGAGAAAGUCCUGGGGCUGACGAGUAG